AUGUCUUCCUCUCUAGUGCAAUCACUUCUUAAGUUGUCGGGUUGCCGGCGCGUUCUUUUUUUUUUUUUUUUUUUUCGGGUUCUUGCGUAAUGUUAAAUGUUGCGCGUAAGUACCGAUAACACGGGAAAAUGCUGCCCAGCGCCGUGAACUAUCUAUGCAGAAGGGUACCUCGACAGUUAUGAUGGUGUAGUGCUCUUACAGCUGUUGUGCCAUCGACGAAAGCAGCGAAAUGCCCACGAACCCGUCGUCCGAACUUGAGUAUGGAGAUGAAGUUCUGCCUUCGCUGAGAGAUCACGAAAAUAAACUGAGACGCACACGCAAUCUUGUUGGCUUUUGGUUGUUGGGACUCUGUAACAAUUAUGCUUAUGUUGUUAUGCUCAGCGCAGCGUUCGACAUACUCAACAAAGAAGUCGGCCCUCAUAAUGUCACAGUAGAUCCGCAUUCACCCAACAAUACAAGAUGCAAUCCAACAUCCACAGGAGCAAUCCUACUUGCGGAUAUCCUGCCAGCUCUAUUUAUCAAGCUCACUGCUCCUUUUCUCAGCAUUAAUACAAGCAUUCAAGUUGCAGCAGUUGUCCUGCUUUCCUGCUCAAGUUUUUUAAUGACUUCUUUUACCAUAGCCAAGUGGAUGUCCUUCCUUGGUGUUGUCUGUGCGGCCCUUGGAAGUGGCCUGGGUGAAAUAACUUUCCUCGCCUACUCUUCUCACUUUGAUACGGAUGUGAUAUCAACGUGGUCGUCGGGCACAGGUGGUGCGGGUGUACUUGGUGCCUUUUCCUACGCGGCAAUGGCAUCGGUGCUCACACCCGAGACAACCCUCCUUGUCAUGCUGUUUGUGCCAGUGCUGCUUGCAAUAAGCUUCUGGGGAAUUCUGGCCCACCCGAAGAUUCGUGCACGGCAGCCUGUCGAUGUGGCUGUGCCCGAUGAAGAGCCGCUCCUCCUGAGUUGCAGUGGCUCCUUUGAAGAUGGGAACACUACGCUCACAUUUAUUCAAAAGCUCAAGCUUAUCAAGCCACUGCUCAGAUUCAUGAUUCCGCUUGGAUUCGUCUACUUUGCAGAGUACUUUAUAAACCAAGGGCUGCUCGAGCUAAUAGUGUUUAGGAACACAAAGCUUACGCACAAGGAGCAAUACAGAUGGCUACAAGUUAUGUACCAAGUUGGUGUGCUCAUUUCACGAUCUUCCGUAAAUAUUAUACAAAUACGAAAGCUGUGGCUGCUCCCAAUAUUGCAGUUCGCCAAUAUGGCCUUCAUCUUUUUGGAGGCCUAUCUCCUCUUCCUGCCGAGCUUCUGGAUAGUAGUUGUCGUCGUCCUAUACGAAGGUCUUCUCGGUGGUGCUGCGUAUGUCAACACUUUCUACCGCAUAUCGAAGGACGUGGCGCCUCAACAUCGAGAAUUUUCUCUGCGCAUUGCAUCACUGGCAGACAGCACGGGCAUAGCCUUGGCAGGUGCGGUUGCACUCCCAGUCCACGAUGCAAUGUGCCGCUUGAGCUACUGACACGAGGACCACCAGCAACACUGUGAUCAUUGUUACGUUAAUAACUGCACAGCUAAGUUCAGAGACAUGCUAAAAGCUAAAAUAAUGAACACAGUCAUAGAAACAUGAAUGAUAGCAAUGAAAAUUACAGUUGCUUGCGUCAUUCACGUUUCCAUGUUUUCGUGUUCAUCAUUUAGCAGUAAUCAUGUCCUUUAAUGGUUACCAAUUAGGGUGAAAACAAGCUGUUCUGACUACUACAGUAAAACCUCAUUGGCAUUGGCAGAGGUAUAAAAUGGGCUAAUCAGUGUGCAUUCGUGUCAUUAUUGCACUACGUGGUGACACACACAAAAGGCAGGUUCUAUAUCACAACUGGACGAAGCAGUGCAAACUGCCAUCUAGUCAUACGUAAACGCAAAUGUUCUCUUUUCGACUUAAAACACACCAGUUGGUGACUUGUGCUCAAUUUUGUCCAGUUGAAUUUUCUUUGCUUGUCAUCUUGUGUAUUAACCACAUAAUGCAACAAUAACAUGCCUGCAAUGUUGUAAAAGAAUGUCUAGAAAGAAACAUAAUUUAGAAAAAUGUGUCCUGGAUCCUAGUCAACGAGUCCAAAUUGUAUAAUCUAGUAUAAUUGGGUAGUUUCACUGCUGUCCUUUGCAGCUGCGAAAAUUGCAAAAUUUUGCACUACACAAAGAUGUAGCAAUGAGGUUCUGCUGUACUGUGUAGCGACUUUCAACAAUGUGGUGUGAUGCUGCUAUACAUUUAGCAUAGGAAUGAAAUAGUACUCGGCAAACGGCUCUUGAGCAGGGAAGUUGUAAAGCGGUUGCUCACUGCAGAGUACACCCAAGUCAUUUUACUUGGGCACCUGCUCAGCUUGGCUGACGCACCAUGUUUAAUGUGCCAAUGAUUGAAACUGCUUGCAGAUUGUUGUGCAUUUAUUAUGGUGAUUGAUUAGUGAUGAUAUGCUUUUCAGGAAUCACCAAGUUUUGUAGAAGGCAUAUUUCACAACAAGUUAUGUGCUAUUCUAGCUCUAGCUUAAAUGUGUGUGUCUUAGCCAUGUACACACAACUGCUUUAGCCCAACUCAUUGCACUAGUUGAAUGUAUUUGAAUAUUUUGAGCAGAGAUUUUAUUUUCGCUGCUGUGUGGAAUCACAAUGUGACAACUGUUCAGAAGUGCUGUUCAGAUGGCACUUGUCGCCCAAAUAUUGUUAAAAUAUUUUUCCAGUUUUUACAGCUAUGUAUCCACACAAAGUGUAGGUUACUUCUUAAACAUUGUUUUGUAUACAUAUUGCCAAUGAACUUGUAAUACUGCUUUGUCAGUGCCUUGCAGUGCAGCGAGAGCAAUGACUUAACAAUAGUUCACUUUUUAAAGCAAGCACUUUUUUUUUUUUUGCACUGCACAGUCUAGUUAAAAUGUGUGCUGAGAAAUGAAGGAGCUGAUAUCGUGUGCGGUCCCAACUGCAGCUAGUAAUUACAAAUCUGGGACAGUACAGUCAACGUCAAAAACCUGUGAGAAAAGAACAAUUGCAGUACAGUUUUAACGUGCAACCAGUCGAACAGUACUUCAGUCGUGUAUAUGCUAGUACAGGUACAAAUCUGAAUUCUUGGCUCAUAUGCCCAGGCUCAAGAAAUAUUCAGCUUUUUCUUUUUUCAGGUUACCUUUUGAUACCAUGUGUUCAUGUUCCCAGAUAUUGAAGUGAACACUUUUUUUUUUUUCACUGAAAGUGUACGUUAUCUUUAUUGAGUAUUUUAUGACCGCUCUUGUUCCUAUUGUAAUACAGCAUCAUCAUUGCAGGACAGUGAGAUACUACAGCAACACUUUAGUAGUCACAUUCUAUAUAGUUAGAAAACUUUACGAAUUGUGCAUGCGUGUUUGUCAUAGCAUGACUUUGAGAUGGGCAUUUUUGUAAUGCUCUUACAGUACAGUCCACUCUUAAAGGGAACACCGAAUCAGUAUUUCAGUAUUGUUCAUGGCUCAGUUUUGACAUGAAGGCCUCAGCAAUAAUAUUUUUUUUUUACCCACAUAGGUAUAAUAUAUCACAUCAAAGUAAUCAGGUGCUCCCUAUAAGAUUUUACAGUACUGUACGUAUGCUUAUAGUUUUCCUUCUUUGUUUUGUGUGGUGCUGAGUAUUGCUGGGCUUAUUGCUGACUUGAGGAACAAUCAUUGGGGGUGCCCACAUAAUACAUACAUAAUGUGUGCACUCUUGGUAAUUAUUGAGCACUAACGUCUGUUGAAGAGAAAGAAUGUGUGGGUAGAGGUAUAUACAAGUGAAAUAAUUCAUUGUUCAGGACAUUAUGUGCCGAUGUUAACAUUUUCAGGUAUGUCUUCAUUGUACCAUUUCUUUGGCCCAGUGCUUAGUCAUAUGGAGGACCAUCACUGCGUUGUGUGUUACUCUUAAUACAGCCCAAUGUAUACGUGUUUUAAUAUUGGCUUAACUGCGACCUGAAAUGUGUCAGGGGUAUAACUGACUCAUUAAAUGCACAUUGGAACUACAGACUCACUCAAGCCGCGAUUUGCCUUAAUGUAUUGCACCAUUGUUUUCUUGGACCAAGAUUUCAACAUCUCUGCAGGUGGUAUUCGGUUUUUAAUAAAUAUGGCAGUGUCAUGUAAUCAAAUCUCAUUCCAUCAUGACAAUGGUAUAUUAUAUCAAAUGAUGAAAUACAGAAAAAGCAAUGUCAAUAUGGUUGCUCACGUUUCAUUUCAUUGGAUGUUUCACUGCUGCAUCUUGUCGUGUAGCGAUUGAAACAGUGCAGUCUAACUAGUCUGUGGGCUGUUUUUAAAUUUAAUCCUUCAGUUAUUAUGUAAAAGUACACACUUUGCAUGAUAACGUUAUUCACGAACAGAAUUGUCAGCCAGUCAUGGUGCCUCCAAGGUGCACGUGUGCAGUGAACUCAGAAGCCAUGGCUAAUGACUUGGCUUGGUGCAGUAGUAUAUUUGUGCAGCUACAGCGACUUCCAUGGCUUGCCAUUGCUCAUUGUGCAGUCAAAUUCUCUGCAAAUAUGUGUUCAGCACCUAAAACUGAUGUUGAGCAUAGCUAAAUUAACAGAUUGCCGAUUUUUUCAAACCAGAUUGUGUUUAUACCAAGACAUUCGGAUACAACGAACGCACUUUUGCUUCAGAUACUAUUUCGUUAUACUAAGUUGAAUUGUACCAAAAUUCACUGCUCCUUUAAUGACACUGGCUUAAGCCUGAAUGAAUGAAAUAGUGCCAAAGGGCCAGUAUUGAUGAAAAUGAGCAAUCUGGCUGGUGAUAUAUUUGUCAUUUACCUCCAUUGUACUGUCUUGCUGCCCUUGCAGUUCUUUAUGUGCAAACUUGGCCCUCCUGUCUUUGUCAACUUUGUUGACAGUCACAUGAGUGCACUGUACACUGUCAACACCAGUGCACUCAUGUGAAUUCAACCUUAAGGAAGCAGUAAUGUUCGUUUUGAUAAUCAGGAGUU